AUGUUGCUUAUCAUAUUCGCUAUUUUACCGCUAGCUUUUGCCUUGGAUUGUCAUGAACCCAAAGAGUUUGGAGAAGAUUGUGACCAACCAUCACAACGGAUGUUUUAUUAUGAUACAAGAUACAAAGUCUGCCAACCGUUCCAAUAUCGUGGAUGUGGUGGGAACUCGAAUCGUUUUGCUACGUCCACAGAAUGCCGGGAAAAAUGCGCGAAUGGUGGUAAAGCUAAUGCUACAUCCGCUUUGGCAGGAAGUGAUGCUGUAUUCGUGCCAAGAGGAAAUUCUCAUGAUCAGUGGAUGAAAGCUGAGAAAUGCGGUUCGAAUUUCCUUAUUCCAAAUGCAAAAUAUGUGCUACCAAGCCCAAAUUGCCCAUCAAAUCAUGAUUUGACGAAUGGAGUGUGUUGUCCGACAAGAGAUUAUGUCUGCUCCCAACGGGACGAUUCUGGAACAUUUGCCGAGGGUAUAGAGGAUAGGCCUCGAUUUGCUUGGAACCAUGAAGUGAAAUCCUGUGAACGCUUCAGCUAUUUCGGCGCAAACGGCAACUAUAACAAUUUUCCUAGCUUCUACAGCUGUCUCAACUACUGCAAAGACUCUAAAAAAGUGAAUUAG